UAAGGACGAAGCCGCUGUCAAGCUUCAACGGCACAUCCGGCGUUUGAGCCCGGUGCGCAUGCGCACGCGUCUCGUUGAUGGGGGGGGAAAUGGCCCGGAGACGCUUAAAAAAGGAGUGAGGAGAAGGAGUGAGUGGACGCUUAAAGCCGUUAAGGCUACCCGCCAUGUCUCGUCACGAGAGCAGCCAUCCGGCCAUGAGAGUUCAACGGUCCCGGUUCGGCUCCAUCGAUUCCUAUCGCGAGGGUGGGCCACGCUCCCGCUCGCCGUCUCCGCGGGGUCACCGCCGCCACCACCGCUCCCCGCCUAGCCGUCGCUUUUCCCAUCGCUCGCAUCGCUCGCCUUCCCCGCGCCGUUUCAGCAGGAGAUAUUCACCUUCAUAUUAUCCAAGGCAGCGCUCACGUUCUCCAGGCCGACGUUCUGAAUCUUCAGUGGAAAAAUAUUUGCGCGACGUAGUUGAAAAUGGCAUUGGCACAAGCCUACCAGCUGAUAGUCUCAGCAAUGUGAACAGGGAUGACUUGGCUGAUGGUCCAAUAUUUAGCAGAGCCCUUUCACAUCCUUGGAACCUUGAGAGAGGUAUUUUUCGUGAGGAGAAUCCUUCAAGACCAUUCAGCAUGAGACAUGAUGAGGACUCUUACAAUAGGGAUAUUUUCAUAGCUCAACUGGACCGAAGCAUAAACAGUGAAUUUCUACAGCAUCAAUCAAGAGAAAAUAAGAGGGGUGGGGAGCAAGAAUCAAAAUACUUUCAAUAUGACAGAGAAGAUAGACUCUUUGAUGAAAGCAUAAAAUCUCGGGCUUUAUUGGCAGAAACAGAGAAGUAUUGUAAACAAAGCCUUAAUAAAAGCCCAAGCCUGAUGUACAUGGAUGAAGAUUUUCGUAAACUUGAAAGAAUUAGGAGAAAAAGAGAAGAGGAUUUGCGAAGCAGAAACAUUAGUACUGACUACCCAAUGCCUGAUUCAGCUAAUCAAGGACAGUCUUCUGAAUCUCAACACCAUUAUAGAUCUGAAAAAACACCAGCAGUGCCCUUAAAAUCUAUACUGAAGAAACGUUCAGAUGAUUCUUCUAUACAGGACUCCAGGAAUUUUUCAGAGGGGAAGAAGCCUCCUGAAUCAACAUCAAAAUCUGUCAACCAACGUAGUGACUUCCUGCUGCCUUAUGAAAAAGCCAGUCAGGAUGGAAGUGGUUUUUCGUGCAUUCUAGGUACAACGACUGAUUCUACUUAUGCUCCAGAAAAAAGUCUGGAUCCCCUUCCUGAUAAUAUAGAAGAUGAAGAGAAAUUUCUUUAUGGUGAUUCAAACAACUGUUUCUACUCUCAAAAGAUAAUGAUGAGUGAAAAGAAAGAACUUGUAAGUGAGAAAGUAAAAUCUCCACCUACUGCAAAACCAAAGAAUUUGGUCAUCAGCAAUUCCAAGCAAUUUCAAGAUGCUUCUAUUACUGCUCCUUACUCUAAUCAGCGAUCCAAGUCUUCUAAAAAAAGGGUCAGACGAAGAAAAGCUGCUGAAACAAAACAAACUUUUCUGAAGAACAAUGUAAUAGAGGAAAGAGUAAAGUUGAAGCUUGAACAAGAAUUACAACAUAAGAAACUCUUUUAUCAGAGGAUUGAAUUAGAUAGGCUUUCAAAACAGCAAGUGGAGAUGCUGCAGAAGAAACGAAAAGAGGAAGAUCCUUUGCUUGUGGAACUGAACAGAUUGAAAGAUAGCAUUGCAAACAAUGUUGCUCAACUGGAAUUGGAUAUUAAAGUUUUAAAGGAGAAACAGGGCGAACUUGAUAAAGUAAUUCAUAGCCUGGAGAUGAAUAGUUCUGAAAAAUCCCAGAAAUUAUCUUCAGAAUGUAAAGAUUCUUCAGAAAACAACUUACAAAAAAGUCCCCAAAGUGAAGAGACAACUUGUAACGCAAUUUAGUCAUAAGGAAGUGAUUGUUUACCUGGAGUAAGGACAGAAACCAGCAGAAGGAAAAACCUUAAAGACUGUCUCAUACCUGACCUGACUCUCGAGGUUAGAAUCUGUGGUAAGAUUUUGAGAUGAAGACUACAAUUCUAGAGAAAAAUUUUAUUCUGUCAUGAUUUCAAGCACUAUAUUUUAUUCAGAUUUAUUUUAUGUUUCAAGAAAAGUAAAAAAAAAAAGUUAAGAAAUUUUGUCUCUUGGCUCAUUAAAUAUCAGUAUAAUAUAUUUUAUCAAUGGCAUCUGCUCAAAGAAGAUAAUAAGUUCUACAUUUUCUGAAUAGCUGAAAGUUUCCUUAAUUGGAGAUAAGCUGAAAGGUUACUGCAACCUAAUUUUCAGGUUACAGUUGUGAGAACAUUUGAUUCAUUUUUGUUGAUGGAUUGCCACAGCUCUCAAAACUUUUCAGGAGAGGGUUUAUGUGUAUAAAAAUGAUAACAGGAAGCUUAAUGUGUUAUUAUCAUGAGAAAGUAACAGCAUCUCUCAGUUGUUUCCCAUGGAUAAUGUCACCCUGUGAUGCUUCUUGUUAUCCAUAUUAUUCUAUUUUAAAAGAAUGGAUCUUUUAAGAACAUUUAAAAAGAAUGCCACAUUAUUCUAUGAGUACUUUGUAUGGCAUUAUACUCUAAAAAAGAAGUCAUAGUGCCAUAUUUAUUUCCCUCUGGCCAGAAAAAAGUGGUUUUUUUUUUUUUGAAAAAAACUUUCCCUUCUGAUAUCUACAAACACAAAUCUUCAGAAAACUUUAGUAAGUAAAACAUAUCUUCUCUGUUUUUUUAGUGUUCUAUUAGUUUUUGCUGAAAAGUUCUACACAAUUUUAAGGUUGGCUCUAACUAAAUAUGUAAUCUUCCAGUAGGCUUUGGAGCAUUUGGAAAACAAAGCAUAUCAUAGAGUUUUGUUUUUACACUACUUCCUUGAAUGUAAUGUAAAGACAAACACGGAAAUUUUAAAGAAAUUUUUAAAACUGAUAAAGGGGGUGGUUAUUUUGAAAGAUUUUUUUUUUUUUUGCAAAAGUGCUUUUAAAUAAAUUAUAAUUAAAUUAGCCAAAGGAACUAGACCUUUGUGGGAAUGUUUUUUGUUUAUUAUUAAAGAAUGCAUACAAUUGAUGGAUUGCACAAAACAAAAAAUAACUGUAAGAUAAUGAGCCAGACUAUGAAACUGACUGUAAUUAUAGUUGAUGAGUGUGAUGUUGAAUAUAAUUAGUGCUAUUAGGGAUGAAAGCACAAAAGACAAAAAAUGUAGGAAGCUUGCCUUUAAUUUUCUGUUGUUUGAGAUACUUUCAUUUUUGGAUUAUAAUAUAAUGAUAACCACCAGAAAAACAGCAAGAAUGGAGGAGAGGAGGGGAGAUCACUAGAGCAACCUGCAGAAAAAGGAAUUAUACCAGAUUUGCUUCAGAAAUAAUGUUAGCAAAUGGGCAAAUAAGAUAGAAUCACUUGAUACUAAAUUGACAGCACGUAAGAAAAAAAAUGGAUGAAAGACUUGUAAAGAGGAAAGAGGAGAUGAAAGUAGAAGCCAAGAUGAUGGAAAGUGCUGUAACAAAUGUCUGGAGAUAUAAAACAAAUUGACAACAAAGUAGAAAUUUUAGAGAGGACAGAACUUUCUGACAAGGGAGUUGGAAAGAGAACUAGAUAAUCUGGCUAUAUUUGAUUAACAGAAUAAGAAUUUGUUUUAGGAUUCUAGAGCAAGGCCAUAGGAUUCUACUGAAGAUAUUAGAGAGAAGAUUAUUAAAGUCCUGGCAAUUUUUUUGGAUUUGGCAGAGGAGUAUAUAGAGGCAUAAAUUGAUAAAAAUGUAUAAAGUAAAUUCAAAGAUUUGCAAGAACAAGAAAUAUUCUAAGCGAUGCUUUUGUACAUUUUGUUAGGAAGAAAAAAGCAUUAAGUUUUGCAUUAUGUAUUGGCAAUAUAGAUAUAAUUUUUCUUAAAUUACUAUCAUAACUUUGUGUAAGAGAAAGGAGUUGAUUUUUUUUGACUGAGAGAUUAACAGAAAAAGAUCCCAUUUUGAUGAAACAAAUUGGAAGAUACGAAUUUUACUUUUAAAUAGCAGAGGUUUCAGUUGAAUUCUGUCCAGGAGGUGUGGAAAUUUUUAGAAAAAUUCAAAGAAGAAUUGGAAGAGAUUCAAAUGAAAGUGUCAAAGAAGACACAAAAACUCCAACUGUGCAAGAGGAAACUGAAAGGGAUAUACUGGAUUAUGUGCUAUAAAUAUUGGUUCUUCUAUUUUUUUAAUGUGAUUAUGGAUUACAAAGUGAUUAAUGUAAAAUAUAAAUGUAGCAAAUGCUCCCCGAAAGUGAAAAAAAAGUCAUUAUUUGAAAAAAUUAAAACGAUAUAAUUUGUCUACAAAAGACACAUAUCGGAAAAAGAUAUGGAGUUCUUCCUUCUCACAGUUUUUGAGACAUGUGUGUAUGCACACAUUUUUGAAAGAAGCAUCUCUUGCUGUUUGGUUUGGUUUGGAUGAAAGAGUAAGUGUUCUUGAGAAAUAGAAGGCUUUUGAGUUAAAAGGACAUGACAUGAGAUUAUUUGUGAUACAAAAGGACAUGACAUGAGAUUAUUUGUGAUACAAUAAAGUUGGAGUUAAUUGGAUUUCAAAAAUAAUUAUGCUAUUUGUUUUAUAUUGAGAAUGGAAGGGAUACAAAUCCAGGUUGUGCUCAAAAACAUAUUUCUGGCUCUUAGCAAAAUAAGCAUUUUAUAAACAAGAUAUAAUUGACAAACAAAUUUGGCUAACUUAUUGUGAGAUACUAAUAUUGUGUUAGGAAGAAUGUAAAAUAAAGAAGAACUAGUGACAGAGGGACAAUGCUUUUCUUAUAUACAAUUACCAGAAAGAUUUAAAGUAGAUAAAAGUACAUCAUAAGGCUGAAUUUGAAAUAGAAUUGUGUACAAAUGAUGAAUAUGUAAUUGCUAAAAUGUAUAAACUUCUAUUGAAAUGUGAAAUAGAAGAACAAUUUCUGGAACGUUUCAUAAAGUGGACUAACAUUUUAAUUAUAAUAAAGAUGAAACAAUGGGAAAACGUGUGGUUGAAAGGAUUGAAAUUUACACUGUUAUAAUCUUAGAGAUUUUUUAUACAAUGAUGUAUAUGUCACUGGAGAAAUUGUCUGGAAUGUAUAAAACCACUUCAUUUAUAUUGGACAUGUCAACAAGAAGAGACAUUGUGUCAUGCUUGGUGCAUAUGUAAAAGAGCUAGAAAAUUAAGACUUUUCUUUUGGAAUUGAUGGUCAAACAAUUGGAAAAAAAUCUUGGAAAUUUGUUUUUGUACUUAAUAAAUGCAGGUAGGUUAUUGUAUGCACAAAAAUAGAAAGAUUUGGCAUUACCCACAAUGGAAGAAUAUUUGAUAAAGAUGGAACUUGCUGAGAUGGCAAAAUCGUUUAGCAAAAAGACAUUUUUAGGGUGGUCAUAAAACAAAUCUUUGUGGUCAUUAAGCAAAAUCAUAUGAUUGUUAAACAAAUUCAGCUUCCAUAAUUGUUUUUUGUCAGAAACCAACUGGGAAGGUUGGAAACCACAAUCACAUGAUCAUAGGAUGCUGCACUUGGUUAUAAAUGUGAGCCAGUUGCUAAGCAUCUGAAUUGUGGUCACAUGAUCGUGGGGCUGGUACAAUGGUCGCAAGUGUAGGGACAGGCGGUAAAUAAUUUUUUCAAGGCUGUCAUAACUUUGAAUUGUUGUUAAAUGAAUGUCAUAAGUCAUGGAUUAUCUGUAACUGCUAUAAAGAAGAUCGGAAGCUACUUUGUACCUUUUUUCUUUCUUUUCUAUUUUUCCUUUUUUCCCCUUUGCACUUUUACCUUUCUCUUUGAUUUCUUUCUCUUUUCUCUUUUUCUUUUUUUUACAUUUACAUUAGUUUUAUUUUUCUUCUUAAAUUUUUUAAUAAAAUUAUUCAAAAAAUCUUGAUUAAAUUAUGUUUUUAAAACUACAGAUGUAAUUAAUUAAAAAAUGUUAAAAGUG